UAGGCGAUGGGACCGGAAAUUAACCGGGGCAGAGGGUGGUGUUGCAGACAAACCUGAUGUUGGCCCCGGCGGGCUCGCCAGCCCCAGCUCCCGGGAGCCGGUCUAGAAGCGCGUGAGGAAGGCGGAGCAAGGGGCGGGGCCGCUGCAGGGGCGGGGCCUGCAGGCUGUCCGGCGCGGGGCGGGGACCUCUUGUCCCCGCGGGACCCCGCCUGCCUGGACGCCGGCGGCGGCACGGCCAUGAAGCUGAAGCUGAAGAACGUGUUUCUCGCCUACUUCCUGGUGUCGAUCGCCGGCCUCCUCUACGCGCUGGUGCAGCUCGGCCAGCCAUGUGACUGCCUCCCUCCCUUGCGGGCAGCAGCAGAGCAGCUUCGGCAGAAGGAUCUGAGGAUUUCCCAGCUGCAAGCUGACCUCCAUCGGCCAGUCCCUGCCCCUGCCCAGCCCCCUGAGCCUGAGGCCCUGCCUACUAUCUAUGUUGUUACCCCCACCUAUGCCAGGCUGGUGCAGAAGGCAGAGCUGGUGCGGCUGUCCCAGACUCUGAGUCUGGUGCCCCGGCUGCAUUGGCUGCUGGUGGAGGAUGCCGAGGGCCCUACCCCACUGGUCUCGGGGCUGCUGGCUGCCUCUGGCCUCCUCUUCACACACCUGGCGGUCCUUACUCCCAAGGCCCAGCGGCUCCGGGAGGGCGAGCCAGGCUGGGUUCGUCCCCGCGGUGUAGAGCAACGGAACAGGGCUCUGGACUGGCUCCGGACUGGAAGGGGCGCCAUAGGGGGCGAGAAGGACCCACCUCCCCCAGGGACCCGGGGAGUUGUGUACUUUGCUGAUGAUGACAACACCUACAGCCGGGAGCUCUUUGAGGAGAUGCGCUGGACCCGUGGUGUCUCAGUGUGGCCUGUGGGGCUGGUGGGCGGCCUGCGAUUCGAGGGCCCUCGGGUGCAGGACGGCCGGGUCGUGGGCUUCCACACGGCGUGGGAGCCCACUCGGCCCUUCCCAAUGGAUAUGGCGGGAUUUGCGGUCUCCCUGCCCUUGCUGUUGGCUAAGCCCAAUGCCCAGUUUGAUGCCACGGCUCCUCGGGGCCAUCUGGAGAGCAGUUUCCUGAGCCACCUGGUGGAUCCCAAGGACCUGGAGCCACGGGCGGCCAACUGCACUCGGGUCCUGGUGUGGCAUACUCGGACAGAGAAGCCCAAGAUGAAGCAGGAGGAGCAGCUGCAGCGGCAGGGCCGAGGCUCAGACCCAGCCGUGGAGGUGUGAUGGACAUCCCGCCCCGACUACAGCCUCAUCAGGCACAGCCCUGUGGGCCUGGGCCCCCGGCCUGCCCAGGAUGUGGUUUUCCAAGUCCUGACCCCUCAGAGCCAGGGUGGCCCUGUCCCUCUGCCAUUGCAAGCCCUAGGGCGUGGCCCAGCUGCUUUCCCCCUCCCUCACCCUGCCAUGUGGCACUGCCCAUAAGCUGGGGACAAGCAGCCCUUGUGUUGAGCCUGGUUGGCCCUGUCUGGGGCGGAGCAAAGGACAGAAAGACUCAGGAGGGAGGGCAGCUGAGUAACUGGGUAACUUAUUGGGGCUGGGCAUGCACUGGGGGGCUGGAGGAGCUGGGCUGGACCCUCCCCACCUGAGCAUGCUAACCCCUUCCUACCUCCACAGAAUAAAAAAAAAUAUCAACCUG